AUGCAAACUUCAAAUCUAACGAAAUUGCCAAGUCAGUAAAAGGUUCCGAAAUAUCGGCCUGUAGCUUAAUAAAUAUAAUCUAGUCAAUCAACAUAGACAAUCUGAUAGCUAUUUGCACAGGGAAACUAAAGAACUGUCCAAAUCAUAAGAAAGCCCUUUAUAUUAGAGCAUCUGCAUACAUAAAAAAAGGUGAGUACGAGAUUGCAAUAUAAGACUGUAAUAAACUUUUAGAAUCAGAUUUUGAUAAUGUAGGAGGCUAUUAUUUGAGAGGUAUUCAAAUAUUAACAAAUUAAGGAUGUGCAAAUGAAAAAUUAGGAUAAACUGAUCUUGCAAUUGAUGACUUCUCAAAAGUAUUACUUUUAGAUGAGAAUCAUGUAAAUGCAGCCUUUGCACGUGCAUCUUGUCUAAAUCUCAAAGGAGAUUUUGCAGGUGCUAUAGAAGAUUAUACUAGAGCAUUAGAAAAAGAUAAUGCAAAGUCAUUAAAUCUUUCAAAUUCCAUAAAUAAAAGAUCUUUACUAAGAAAUAGUUCUAUGAAAAAGGAUGAUAACUAUCCCAAAACAGAAGCUUUUUAGUAUAAAACUAAAAAAAUUAAAUAUUAACAGCCAGAAGAAGAUGAUUUAAUGAAUCCAUAAAAUGAUGAAGAAUACUUAUAAAAUGAUUAAUCACAGAUUUAAAAUUAACCCUAAUAGAAUAGUUUCAUGAGUCAAAAUCCUCUUUAUACUAGUAUUGACGCUAAUGAAUUGCAUAUUUAACGUCCUUCUUAGAUAAUUGAUAAAGAAAUUUCACCACCUCUGCAAUAACAAUUAAUAUCAAUGAUUCCAGAAAAUAUCAAACAAGAUAAUAAAAAGAUUUCUGAUUGGUUCCACCAAUAAGGAUUUGAUGCUAGAAAAAAAGAAGAUUUCAUUAAAGCUAUUGAAUUUUAUACUAUGGCUCUAAUGUUUAAUUCUGCUCAUUUUAAAUCAAUAUUUAAUAGAGGUUAGAUUAUUUAUUUAUUUUAUAGGCUUUGCAUUUGAUAAAUUAAGAAUGUAUAACGAUGCAAUAAAUGAUUACACUAAAGCAAUAGAUAUUGAUCCUAAGAAUGCAUAUGCCUUUUAUAAUAGAGGGAUUUCCUAUGAUAAAAAGGGGGAAUAUAAUUUGGCAAUUAAGGAUUUUGCAAAAGCCAUUGAACUUGAUCCAUCUAAGGCUGACUUUUAUCAUAAUAAAGGUUUUGCGAUGAAGAAAAAAAAUUUAAUAAAAGAGGCUAUCUUAGAUUUUAAUGAAUGUCUUAGAUUAGAUAAAAAUCAUUUUAAAGCUUAUUAUAACAGAGCUAAUUGUUAUGAAAAAUAAGGAGAAUUUGAUAAAGCUUAAUAAGAUUAUCUUAUAGCAAAUAAUGUAGUACCUAAUAAUCCAAAUACUUUAACACAUAUUGGAAUAUUAAUGGAUAGAUAACUAAAAUUGGAAGAUGCCUUGAAAUAUUUCAAUUCGUAUCCUUUUAAAUUAAAUUACUCUUAGUUCCUUAAAAAUUGAUUCCAACUAUGCUCCAGCAUAUAAUGGAAGAGGCCUUGUAUUUGAUAAAAUUGGAGAGUAUGAUAAAGCUUGCACAGAUUUUAACAAAGCUAUUGAUAUUGAACCAUAAAAUCCUGUUUAUAUUCAUAAUAGAGGAUGUUGUAAAAGAAGCAUGAAUAAAUUUGAUGAAGCCUUAGAGGAUUUUAAAAAGGCCUUAUCAUUAGAUUCAAAGAACCCAAUCAUCUAUUCAAAUAUGGGUUUAGUACUUCGAAAAAUGGAAGAUUAUGAGACUGCAGUUUAUUGCUAUUCUCAAGAGUUAAUUUAUUUAUCAGAAAACACAAGAACUCUCAAUAAUAGAGGAUAUUGUCUUGCUAAAUUAGGUUAAUUUGAAGAAGCUAUAAGCGAUUAUACAAGAGCAAUAAAUUUAGAUCCAAACAAUAUCCAUGCUAUCUAUAAUAGAGGAAUUUGCAAUGAAAGAAUUGGAGAAUUUCAUAAAGUAAAAUUUACAUUAAAUUAAAUUAGGCUAUUGAUGAUUUCACUUAAGUAAUUCAUUUACAGAAUGAUUAAGGUGCUAAUGCAUACUUUAAUAGAGGAUGUUGUUAUGAUAAGUAUCCUAUUUUUUUUAUUCUCAAAGUAUUGGGGAAAUGGAUCUUGCAAUAGCUGACUAUUCAAAAGCAUUAGAAAUAGAUAAUAAGACAAAUAAAACAGCUUGA